AGGACCGUCACAAGUGGAAGCAUUAUAACAUAAUGGAGUUUCUUCGUGAUACCAGUCUAUCGAAGGACACGUCGAGUAAUAUUCCUAGCACAAAGAACGAGCUAUUAUCGGUGGACCAGUCAACUUCUCAAGUAGAAAGUCCGAUUGACAUAGAUCCAAAUGACAGUAGUAGCACAGAAACGCUAACCUUAUCAAGUACUUUUACGAGUGGAAAAAGACGAAGACUCAAUACCAAUUCCACUAUUAAUAGCAAUAUUUCAGUUGGUUCUACGAAUCUGUUGAAUAAACUAAUCCAAAUUUUUGAGAGACGAGAAAAGGCGCAAAAUGUUGCACCACCAAAUAUAGAUGAUUCAUUCGAUGAGGUGGAUCAUAUGCUACAAACAGCAGCAUUACAUUUGCGCAAAAUGUCGCCUCAACUACAAAUGCGAACUCUACAUGAUAUUGUCCAAAUGACCUUCUCCAGACUACAGGAAGAAAGGAAUAAUAACUAAGUUUUUUUCAGCUGGAUGUUUUAGAAGAU